AUGCAGCCAUACGCCGCCCUUCCGCUCUUGUUGUUCAUCCUAGGGACUUUCAUUUCUUUUGUGGCGUCUGCACGCAUCCCUAUUCACUACAAAGACCAAGCCAGACAUGUCCUGAAAGCAGAUCUGGAUGGCACGGACGCUGUGACAACGGAGGUUACAUACCUAAUGGAUGCGGCGGCGGCGGCCUUGUACGAAGCUGCCUUACUAGAGGAGGCGUCUUCAGUUGCUCCCUGGCUGCUUCCCCCCGAGCUGCUUCCCGGGGUCGCCUAUUUUGACGCGGAGUCGGGCGUGACGCUCGAGGGCCGCUGCAGGCUGCUGCGGCAAGGAGGAGCUCCCGCCGCCGUCUCUUUCGACGGCACCUCCUGCACUGUGACCCUGGACGAUUACCUUAGCCUGGAGCCUGCCUGGGAGGCGGCGUUUUGGAGCCCGGACUUCACGGCCGUGUGGGUCAUGAUGCAAGCGGAGGAUGCCAGGCCCAAGGCCUUUAGCUUUGAAGGCAUGCUGCAAUGCGCGGUGGAGGACAACGCUUCUGCUGCCUCCUCCGGCCGCGGCCUGCCCCCACUUCCAAGCAAGCAGUGGACGAUGGAGGCCCUUUCCAAGAGCACUGAUGAGGCCACCGGCGUCGUAACGCAAAAGGCUGUUGAGGAAUCUGAGGUCCGCGACCUUGCAACGUUUUACGGGUCACGCUUCGGCUGGCGGCAGGAGCUUCAACAAGCGCAGCGGUAG